AUGCUUUCACCUGCCGAGACGAGAUAUAGCACGUUUGGCCGUGAACUUAUUGCCAUUUGCCCAGCCGUAAAACAUUUCCGACUCUUCCUUGAGGGUCGUGACUUCACACUUUUCACAGAUCACAAACCACUUACAUUUGCCAUUCGAUCCCAUUCUGACAAAUAUAGCCCGAGAGAGAUUUCUCAUUUUGAUUACAUCUCGCGAUUCACCACCGACAUCCGCCACAUUGAUGGCCCGAAGAAUGCGGUGGCCGACAUGCUGCCCAGACCUUCCCUCUCGGCGUUUCACCUCUCACAGGGGAUUGAUCUCGGUGCUAUGGCGGCUGAACAACGACGUGUUGGAUGUCCUGGCGACGAGUCUGCUGACAGUCUUCAAUUAGUUGACGUCCCAUUGACCACCGGCACUGGCACAAUGCUUUGUGACGUAUCGACUCCUUUUCAUCGUCCUUAUGUGCCUGCCUCGAUGCGUCGAGCUGUUUUUCAAACUCUCCACGGACUCUUCCAUCCUGGGAUUCGAGCCUCACAGAAGCUCCUCGCGGAAAGGUUUGUAUGGCCUGGGUUGAACAAGGGUGUGAAAGCUUGGACACGAUCGUGCCUUUGCUGUCAACGUAACAAGGUUCCACGCCAUAACAAGUCUCCAUCGGGCACGUUCCCCAGCCCCGAUGCACGGUUCAACCAUGUGCAUUUAGAUGUCGUAGGUCCUUUACCUCCAUCCAAUGGCUAUACUCACCUUCUCACCUGCGUUGAUCGCUAUGCCCGUUGGCCAGAAGCCAUUCCUUUACCGAAUGUGCAAGCUGAGACCAUUGUGAAAGCCUCCGUCAGUCGUUGGGUCGCCGUAUUCGGUGCGCCAUCCAUGAUUACGACUGAUCGAGGCGCGCAGUCUGAGUCCACACUUUUCCAAACUCUCCUCAACUUCCUUGGCUGCACACUUAUCCGGACGACGGCCUACCACCCAGCUGCCCACGGCUUGGUUGAGCGUUUCCACCGCCAGCUAAAAACUGCACUGCGUACCGCAGAAGAUCCCGAAAACUGGUGAGACAAUGUACCCGUUGCAAUUCUUGGCAUUCGUGCGGCACUGAAGUCAGAAUUGGACUGCCGCGCAGCCGAAUUGGUUUUCGGCACUACCCUCAGACCCCCUGGUGAGAUGGUCACCCCAACCUCUCGUGGUGCCGAAGAGACCCCCGAAAAUUUUGUGCAUCGUCUGCGACAAUUCAUGCGCUCGCUUUCCCCGGUUCCACCUCGAGUUCCAUCGACCGAGCCUUAUGGUGAAAAAGGCUUAGCCAACUGCACCCAUGUGCUCGUUCGGUGUGAUCGUGUGCGGAAGGCGUUAGAAUCACCAUACGAAGGACCGUUCCGUGUGCUUGCAUGUAACAGCAAGACCUUUGGGAUCCUGCGAGGUGACAAAGAGGACGUAGUCAGCAUCAACCGGGUCAAGGCUGCUGUUGCAGAGGAGCCCCCGGACGUGUCUCAAGGACAAGCAUAUGCUGACCCCAUACCUCCUCCCACUGCUUUUCCACUUUCCCUACCUAUCCCUCCGUCCCGCAUACUUCAUCUUCCUUCUCGUUCGCAGCAUUAAACUCCAACCUCUUCCUCCACCCUUAACUUGUCCAUUAUAACACCUACUCAACUGCCUCCAACAGUGCUUCCCGCAUAUAUCACCCGCAGUAGACGUCACGUGCACUUUCCCGAUCGUCUAGUUACUCAUUUCUCCUAGACCCUUGUAUGCCUUCCGUCGUUUUUUUGCCGCCCUCCGGUCUCGGGGGAGGGGUACUGUGCUGAAAUACUUGGCUACUUGAACUUUGACAAUCUUGUCACGUUUGUUUUAGUGUAGCAUUUGUUUUAACGUGACGAAUACUCCGCCGCUUGUAAGCUUCGCGCCGCUUGCAUGCUCCCUGGUCAGGUCGUUGCACAUUUUGAAUAUUAACUUUAUUCACUUACUGGCCUUCCUUACCUCUCUCCGUUUAUGAGGUUAGUAAGCCGUAGUUCGUUAGUUCGCGGGAACGACAUAACUUACGUCAUACUAAUAUUCACACCUCAAAUCUUUUCUCUAACUAGACCUUUGGCGUACAAAUUGGCAGUUGUUGAAAUUGGGGUUAAUUAGCCAUUCAGCACACCGCUCUUGCAGUCGAUUUAAGUUGUUUAGCAAGUUAAGCGCGUCCCUCAGAUUUUCGGUCGAACUUCACAUCUUCAGAUCAUCAGCGUGCAUUUGCUUCUCGUAGGUCAGACAAUUCAGGUAAUCGUUUACAUAUAUCAAGGACAGAAUGUGACCCAGAACGCUCCCCUGCGGAACCCCACCAUGAACAAUUUCCCAGUCUGCUUCGGCGUCACCAAUGCACACACGUUGACGUCAGCUUGUUGGACAGUUGGUUGUGAGAGCAGGUUGCCAGUCACACUCAUCCGUAGCAGUUUAGAUAUGAACCGCCUAUAAGACACUCCUUCAAAUGCUUAACGAAGUAAAUGUGCAUCGCAUCUACUGAUAAACCUCUCUUUACGGACUACGUCCAGCUUUCCAUUGAUGUGAGCAGGUUAGCGAGACACAGAUAAAGACAUUAAAGUCGCCUCGUUAAGGUUACCUUAUGGUUCCCCGACACUGUUGAUGGAAAAAUACUUUUUCACAUCCAAUCUUCCUUCGGGUACACGUAGUUUAAUGGAUGUCCCCGGAGUGUAUUUGCAGUGACAAGUCGGGAAACGUCGUCACAUCGGAGAGCGCAAUCCAAGCCACGGCGGUAACGGAAAGUUUUAUCAAGUCUCUGUUCAACUGCCUAUAACUCAAAGGAUAGAGAUUACGUAUGUUUGGGCGGGUUUCGAGUGGCAAUGCUCACUGACUUGCCUCUGCGUCCUUUCGAGUAGAAUGUGAUCAUUCUGCAUCCAGUCUCUCUAGGUCUGGAUCACAUAUUCAAAAUACAGCUUUAUACACGCGCCGAAGACUUUGGCGAAGCAUUCUUCAUCGAAUCAGUGAAUGUUUGCUUGAUUUCAUAUGGCUUCGAAGUUGUGGCCUUAUCUCUCUUGCAAAAUUGCGCAAAAGGCUUUAUUUAGCUUGCCAUCGAACAUGCGAGAUCAUUCUCGCUUUCUAUCUCUCGAAGUCGCAUACCGUUAAGGGAGUAUUGCCGUGUAUUUGGGUGCUGGUUUUGACUUCCAAGACGCAGUAUGGUGUAUUUGUUCGAACUGAAGGACCGGAACCAUCUGUGGGACGACUUGUCUCAUCGACAAGGAUUUUCUUGGAAGUUUGUUCCAUCGGCGGCUUUGUGGACGACUAUCCAGAUUUUUGUAGCAUCCGCAAACAUGCCCCAAUCGCAGUACUACUCCUUAGACGAUCCUUAAUGAACAAGAGGAGGAGGGUUACUGCGAGAACUGAGACAUGUGGGACUCUAGCCUCUAUGACUGUGCGCCUUGCUUGCUGUUGCUCCAUGCAGACCAUUUGGGGAUGACCAACAGGGAUCCCCAUGAAUCCCAGCAUGUAAAUGAGACGCUGGUAUGGAACACUGUCGAAUGCCUUCUCGAAACCAGUGUGGGCCACAUUCACAGCGUGUUUUGCAUCGGGUGUUCUUUCCCAGCUUUUCACUGUAUAUAGCAAGUUCAUUACACAUGAUCUUCCCCUGUGAAAGCCAUAUUGUGCACUGAAUCAUAGGCCGUGGUUUUCAGCAUAAUCGAUAAGUGACUUUUUGUCAGUCUUCUCCAUGUGUCUGCAGCAGAUUAAUAUCAGACCGACGAGUAUCUCGUUGGUCGCAGGUGUACGACUGUUGCUUUGAAAAAGUGGUGUUAUGUGAGCUGUUUUCUAGUCUCUAGGAAUAAUUCCAGCAUAAAUCUAUUUCUAGCAUAGAAAAGAAAUCGCUUUGAUCAUUUCUCGAGAAAGUGCCGAGAGCAGCUUCACUGGAAUCUCCUUUGAACCAGGAGGUUUAAAUCCCUUCAAACUCUUUGGUUCCUCGAAAUUCACAUCUUCUCGAAAUACGAUAUUUCCCAUAAUAGAUUCUCCCAUGCCCUUAUAACAACGCGGAAUAAAAAUUAUUUCUCGCAUGAAAACAGACUGCGAUGACUGAAAAAUUCCAAGCUUUUUGUGCUGUCCGAUAUCCUCAAACUGUCAUCAAUCCUCGGGACAGGAAUCGGGAUCCUGUUAUUUAUGGUCAUUCGCAGAUGGCUCUAGGGCUACGUUGGACUUUUUACAGUCAAAACUUCGCUUUAUGCAUAUCAAUUUCUAAAUUAUACUGUUCGUCUGGCAGCUCGGUCUGACAAUAACUGUCUACGCUAGAUAAUUUUAUUAAACGACUGAGUGUUAGCGUUGUCUAAAAAAUUCCUAUGGACGUCUGAAAGUAAAACGUUUGCUAUUAUAUAAAAUCCCGUUCCCGCUGGUAGAGGAAGUCAUUUUCUCAAUGACCCACCUCUGCAGUUCGCAAAACCCCGGAAGUACUUUGGUAUUACCUCUACGCUCUCCAAUGACAUAAAUCGUAACACCCGCAAGGGAUGGACCAAAUAAUGCACUUAUGGGUACAUAAUAAAGACAAUUGCUCCACGAAUUUCGGGACAUUGUGAACAAACAUUGUCAUACUACCUCUUUAAAAUAAAAUAAUUUUUGCAAUAAUUCCAAAGAAGCUUUCGUUGUCUACUCCAACUCUCCUAAUAAAAAUCAACCUUAGUUUGCGUAAUAGCAAUUUUCACACUUGUGGCAUUCAAGUAAACUGGUUUGUAGUCUGUUCUUUAGCAGCUUCUUCGAAUUUGCUACGUCAAUCAAAAUCCUAGGUCACUAAUUAUUAGCUGCGUCUUCGGCGGAUGAAGAUGAAUGUGCGGUAGUCCUCCUUCGUUUUCUAUGAGAUCAGAAUAUGAGGUGUACUCCGCGAGGAUUUUGCAGUGUCGAUGUAGUUUACAGUUUUUUAAAGGAACCUGAACCUAUUGAUGUUAAAGGAUGAGUAGUAAGAAUAACAGAUUACACUCACGUUUCAAAUCUCAUCCGAAAUUCUUUGAGCAUCCGUUAAAACGUGAAGGAAUGAACACUGGAUACCGUCAAUAACCCGUAACAAAUUAAAGCGUCCUUUGUGAAUUGCAAAAAACGUUUGAACUUCUGUCUGUAUGGCAUCUAUGUCGCAUUCGGUAUAUUUGUUUAUUGUGUUUGAGUAGUAAAUAUUAUAGCGAUUGUAUUGGUCAUCCGGCUGUGUCCACAAGCUCUGGUUUUUCAGGUGGUUUAUCAGGUGAUCGGGUAUCUUACAAUACUGUGAUUGUUUGAGCUUUGUCGACGUGCAUUUAUUGUCUGUUUGCCAUCUAACCUUAAAUUUUACUCUUUGUUUAUUAUAAAAAGCUUAAUUUAAUCAGCGAGUAGUUUUUCUGACAGCCGCAGGCGCAAGUUGUGGGACGCAUAAACCAAUUGAUCAAGAGUCCCGUACGGGACUCUUAAUCGGUUUAUGCGUCUGACUAAGACAGAAAAAAACUCUUUCGGGGUAGAACGGGCGAAGUCGAUUUCAGCGUUCAGCAAAAGUGUGCUUCGACGCGAAAAGGUGCCGCGUCAACAGCGACGGAGCUCAGAGGACUAGCCUGACAUUCGUGAAACUUAGCCACUGUAUUGGCACGCAUCCGUUAAGUGCGUGUGAAGAUGCGAAGUCAAGAAUCUUGUUGCCAUUAACACAAGUCUGUGGCCAAUGAGAUUGUGAUACUAUUGUCGCCGACAGCUCAUGUUCAAAAUGCCUUCAGGUCCGGACCCAUGUCUGUAUUAUAGACACAAAGUAACUUACGCUAUUGCAGUUACCUCCCUUAUCCGACGUGACUAGCUGUAAGUUGUAAAGUUCGCGGUACCAUCUGUAACGCACGAUCAGGCGGGACUAUCACUGUUUGUCACCGCCGUUUAUAUAAACGGUUGGACUCACAAAUGUUUGUUCCAGUCAGGGCUUCAACCCUUUUCGAUCACUCUUCGCAGCCCCAUUUCUUACUUAGGCAUACACACACGAUCUUCACGACGAACGAGGCCCGCCACUGUCUGAAGAGGUGGGCACAGCCGUAACCUCUCUCUCCCUCUCCCUCUCUUCAGGUGGCAAGAAAAGCCCAGGAAAACUGCAGGUGGACUAAAGGAUCUACCUAAACAGUCUAUGCGUGCCACACACAGCCUGGUCUCUGGCUCCACACAUGUCGGGCUUCUUUCAGGGGUCUCAGAUCUCGCUCAAGAUAAACCGCCAUAAGAAGCACAUUAGGAAGGAGGCAUUGGACCAUAUUCUGGACUCGUAUUAGGACGUCGUUACCUCGUUUGUCGGCGGCCUUUCAAUCCACUUAUGCUUUUGCAUAGAGAUAAUUUCAAAAGACCUUUAGCUGGUUAUAAUGAAUAUCUUGGUAGUGCAGCUGAGUGGAAUCAAACCUGCUCUCCUUUACCCGCUUAUGCGCCAGGGGCUUGCCCAAGCGAAGUUUACCGGCAAUGAGGCUGGAUGCAGUUGCAUAAAUGACCCGAAUUCGCCGAGCAACGCGUGCAAGACGUGGACCCGAAUCUCAGGGAAAUAAGUCGAGUCAUAAAGGCUACGACAAGGAGUCAUUGCAUCCAGGCCGUUGCUCUGAACGUGGGCUGAGUUAUCACGUCAGCCGGCAGUCUUCUAGUUCAGCGCGCUAUAAUCGGCUCAAACGUGUCAAGUUGUAGUGAUGCAUGAGCAUCGAUUCUGCGUUUGAUUUUAAUGAGAACUGACACGUAUUGCUACUAAUUGGCUGUAUCCGUUGUCACUGGGCGCCAAUCGUGGGCGCAAAGCUACCAUCACCAUAUUUUGUAGCAUAUAAUUACUUAUCCCUUCUUCGAUCUUCGCCAGUUCUGAUUUUUAACCUACUCUGACUACCGCGAAUCAAUUUGACCAUUUAGCUGCGGUUGGCGGCUAGACCCACCGCAAUCGUUUUGUAUUAUUAUAAUUAGUAUAAUAAUAUUAUAUUAUAUACUAUAAUAUAUGAUAAUAUAUGAUAUAUUAUUAUAAUUUACAAUGUAGAUUAUAUUGUAUUAAUAUUAUUAUAAUCUUUACCAGCAAGUGCUCUCGGAUCUGUCCUACUAACGCGUUUACUCGGCGAACAUGAUUUCAACGAUGCCAACUGAAACAGGGAUUUUGAGCCAUGACAGUGCUUACAAGAUGCUCGCUUGAUCGACGAAGUUCCAAAUUCGAAGCUUGGUCCGUUGACCUAAGCAGGUACAGGGCAGUAGACAUGUUAGUCCACUGGGCUGCUGGACUGGGUUUAAAGCCAUCCCAUGGGCUUAAGAUACUCUAGUUUACUCAUGCCUCUGUCAGAGGGACGGAGUUUGUGCCUGCCGUAAUUGCCUCCUCCUGUCCUCAUGAUGGUUUUGCCAUAGAUGCGAUCUGCCGAGCAUACUGGCAGUUGAAUUAGAAAACGACACGAAAUCCCGUACAUGGUUUCCUGCUCAAUUAUAUGUGGAUUGUGAGGAACAUAGAGAGAGCUGUAGCCUAGGGUAAGGUGAUACCAUACUAACAGUACAGGUACUAGCCAAAAGCCCAUGCACGCGUGUUUCGCCGAUUUUUUGCCGCUACAUGGCGCAGCUGCGAGGGUUUUGGCUUGUCAGUGGGUCCCCCAGCAUUCCCCGUGUGUUUUUUGGUAGAUACUCCAAUUUAGAAAUUGUCGCUUUUUAAUUCCCUCAGAAAUUAUCCACUAAGUUGGAGUAGAUCAGUUUAUUCAAGAUCUAUAGGCUCAGACUGAGAAUUUUAUACAUGAAUAUUUGGGCCAAAGUCCAUCAGCCACAGCGGGUAAGCGCGUAAUAUUCAUUAACUGUCGACAGGUAGCUAGUAGUAUACUUAAGGGUAAGGUGAUACCAUACUAACAGCACAGGUACUAGCCAAAAGCCCAUACACGCGUGUUUCGCCGAUGAUGUUCUGAGGAAAUUAAAAAGCUACAAGAGCUGUAGUCCUCUGGAUGGAGGGCCGACGUGUGCGAGGCGGGGUCCGAUCUUAUGUCUCCGCAUCCUGCGCAUAUGCACUGUUUCGGCCCGCGGGAAUGCUGUUUUAGCCCAUCCUUGUGUCGGUAUCAAUUGUUACCACUCACGACGAUUUGCGGUGAUAUGGUACGGGUGAGGUCACGGGCCCUACACGCUGCAUUGGUGGGAAGCUGACGACGGUGGAGUAAGGCCUACUGAGUAGCAGGCAUUACUCACUGCGUCGUAGUGCUUCUGGGGUUUGUUUUUUAUAUGCGACCAAUUUUCCAGUUUUUUGCUCAGCCAUGUCUAAAAAUAUUAUUACUAUAGUCCAUGACCGUUUACGCAUUAUUCUCGACGGUCGGUUUAUUUAACGGCAGGACCUUGUUGAAAGCCAUUCCAGUAUUCGUCACCUAUCGGCGUGCCUUGUAUCUAACGUCUAGACUGGUAGGGGGUCCCCUCUGUCCUUUACCUUGACGGAGCCUGCACAUUUUAAAUCGAUGCGCGCAAGUCCUGCGAUUUUUGUACCGUGUCAGAUACUACGCGCGUAUUCCGUGAUUUCAGCGUUGUAAUAGGGCGAUUGUGGGAGACAUUCGAGAACGGUUUUCCACUCAUCCUCUCUUCCCCGUCCCUCCCUAAUUCAAUCAAGCUCUUCCACCAUGCUGUCCAACUCUGCAAAUUAAUUAGCAUUGUCCUCAUUCUGUCUGCAAGGCAGACGGAGUUUCGAUAUCGGUGGCAGUAGUGAUAGUAGUAGUAGUAGUAGUAGUAGUAGUAGUAGUAGUAGUAGUAGUAGUAGUAGUAGUAGUAGUAGUAGUAGUAGUAUUAGUAGUAGUAGUAGUGGUAGUAGUAGUAGUAGUAGUAGUAGUAGUAGUAGUAGUAGUAGUAGUAGUAGUAGUAGUAGUAGUAGUAGUAGUAGUAGUAGUAGUAGUAGUAGUAGUAGUAGUAGUAGUAGGAGGAGGAGGAGGUUAACAAUGCGACAUUUGACGGCUACUCGUUGGCUAACGUUAUUGUUUCACGCCGUUUUAGAUCGGAAUCGCGUCCAGCCAGUUGUCAACAUGCUUAAGCUAUUAGUAUGUUUCGCUGCUUGCCCUAAGUAAACUCCUUACAGGUGGGCUUUGCUGCUGGAUUCUACUGCGGUGCCUAUUUCCAAGACAAGUACAAGGUAUCCUCGUAAAGUACGGUUGUCUACUUGUUUGUUAUUAGAUAUCUCCCGUAUCGGAACCCCGACAACUCCUUGACAAAUCAGUGAAAAUGCUGCAGGAUCACUUGGAUGACAAAAAGAAGUAG